UCUUGUAUUAGUAACUGUUAAUUGUACCUUUUGUAACGUUUGUAUUAAUAAUUAUGGAUCCAGCGGUCUUCCCCGAAGAAAUUUGGAUUAAAAUUUUAUUGUAUUGUGAUGUACCUGAUAUUAUUGCUUUUGGUAGCACGUGCAAAUAUUUAAGGAAAACUUCAGACACAGACUACCUAUGGAAAAUGAAAUGGCAAGAAUUGAUUUCAAAAGUACAUUUUAGGUUUCCAGACAUAAAGUGUCUGCAAUUACUUAGUGUUAGUUUUAAAGCAAUGUGUUACAGACUACAUAUGGUACUCAAAUUAGGAGCAAAUGCUCCAUUUCCAAAAUGUUACCAUUGUAGUGGUUACACGUGUCAGAGAAAUUGUGUUGAAGGAACUAGUGCAAAAGUAGUUAUUGAGAUUGGAAACAAAUAUACAUGGGUUAUCACACCAAAUUUUGGCUUGAGAAGGCAUUUGUCAAUGUUUGGUAUACCUAAAUACAAUAACGAAACACAUUUGGAACAAACUCAAACAGAAAAUGUUCCAGGUAGUAGCACACGCCCAAAGUGCGAUGGAAAGUCAUUAGCAAAGAAAUUGAAACUAUUGAAGUUGUCCGACCUAGAAACUAAGGUUCCAAGACCAAGCGGUCCAUUUUGUAUUUUCUGUAAUCCUGUAAAAUUGUAUAGGGAAAAGAAAAGAUUAAUUACACAUCAAAAUGAUCCAACAUGUUACACUAAACCAAAUCCAACUUAUGAAAAACUUAUAAAUGGAUAUUGUACUGAUACUGUUGAAGUUCUUGGAAUUCCAAAUGUUGAUGUUGUUAGUCCAGCUGAAGCAUUAAUUGAUGGAUCUUUCACUGUUCUUAAAACAUUUGUUGACCACUUAUUUCAACAGAUGCAUUUAACUUCAACGUUAAGAAAACCUAAUGCAGUACUUAUGUUCUGUGAGCCAUUAGCUAUGCAUCCAACUCUCAGGAAACAGUUGCUGCAUUACUUAUUCCAAGAAGUGAAAGUAGCAAGAGUAUGUUUAGUACCAAAACCUUUAGCAGCAUGUGCAAUGCUGGGUGUAGAAACCUGUGUCAUUGUUGAUAGUGGAGCUCUCAGUACGACAGUAGCUGUUGUGAUUGGGGGCAGUGUCGUACCACAGCGUUGGAGAUUGUUACCUGUGGGUGGUUGGCAUGUAGCUUAUCAUUUGAAACAAGCUAUGCACUGGCAACCAAAGGAAUAUCAUCAAAUCCCAAUAUCAUAUUUGGAUACACUAACAGUUAAAGAGAAAUGUAGACUAAGUUAUAAUAUUAAAAAUGAAGAGAAACGAGUAGGACAAAAAUCUAGGGAACAUAUUAACCUUAGAGUUGAUAGCUAUCCCGCUGUCUAUAAGCAACACUGGAGACUUUCCUUCGAUUCGGAAUUAUACAUUGCUCCUGAAAUGAUGUACAUCAAUCUUGACUUACCACAGGUGAUAAAAGAUGUAACAUCUGGUUUAUCAGAGGAUCUAAUGUAUGAGUGCCUCUCAAACAUUUUACUUACUGGAGGCAACACAGAUCUUUCAGGUUUCGAAGUAAGAUUAACUAAAGAUCUACAAGAAUUGUUACCUGAACAUAGCAAAAUUCUAGAAGUGAGAAAUUGUCCUGGUACACAUAGUUGGCACGUUGCUAUGGGUUCCACAUAUGUGCCUUUAGCUGUGCAUCCUGGUAAAACUCCACCUGAAUAUGUAGAGGGUAAUCCGUUUUGGUUAUCAAGAGAAGAAUAUGUUUUAUUCGGGUGCCAGUCACUGGAACAGUAGAACAAUAAAU